UCAACUACCGUUCGGUGCAGCGAAGAAGAGGCGCGUUGAGGGGCUGGGAGGGAAAGCAGCUUUUGAGGAGAAAAGCAAAUCUCUCCCCUCAACUGUACCCUGACGUCAGUUUGCUGAAGUAGCUGUGGGCCGUCUCGCUGCGUGUUCUCUCACACUGCGUGUAUGUCUGACCGUCAACCGAGGGGAAUUAGACGAGUUCGACUCUCAAAAGUUUUUCUCUCUCGCUUGGAUCUCAUGAAGGGGAUGAAAUGCUCUUUUUGACGCAUUUAAAAGUGGACUAAAAACAGAUUUUUUUUCCCCCCACGAUGAACACCUGCGCUUUUUUGUUGAUUCUUACCGUCCAGAUCUACGCCGAUGGCAUCGAGGGGCCAACAGCUGCUGGCUGCACAUUCGAAGAGGAUUCGGAUGCCAGUCUGUGUGACUUCACACAGGGUGAAGAAGAUGAUUUUGACUGGCAGCUGUUUCGGACGCACAAUUCGCCAUAUGCCAGCCCGGACCUCCUGCGUGGAUCCUACAUGUUGGUGAACUCCUCCCAGCAUGCAGUGGGCCACUGUGCCCAGCUUCUGCUGCAGAGUCUGAGUGAGAAUGACACACACUGCGUCCAGUUCAGCUACUUCCUCUACAGCCGUGAUGGCCACAGUCCGGGGGCCCUCAAUGUGUACGUGCGAGUUAACGGCGGUCCGCUGGGCAGCCCAGUGUGGAACACAUCUGGAUCACACGGGAAGCAGUGGCAUCAGGUAGAGCUGGCUGUCAGCACCUUCUGGCCUAACGAAUAUCAGAUACUGAUUGAGGCGACCGUUUCCAAGGAGAGGCAAGGGUACAUUGCCAUCGAUGACAUCAUGGUGCUCAACUAUCCCUGCUAUAAGGCACCACAUUUCUCCAGGCUUGGAGAAGAGGAGGUCAACGCUGGACAAAAUGCCACUUUCCAAUGUGUUGCUGCUGGAAAGGCAUCUGAGGCGGAGAAAUUCCUACUCGAGAGACACAAUGGGGAGAUUUUAACAUCAGCGUCGGUCAAACACCUCAGUCACCGGCGCUUUGUGGUAUUGUUCCAGCUAGACAGCGUUCAGAGGUCAGAUCAAGACCUUUACCGUUGUGUCACGCAGUCUCCCAGGGGAUCAGGGGUCUCCAACUUUGCUGAACUCAUCGUCAAAGUACCCCCAUCCCCUAUCGCGCCACCUCAGCUGCUACGUGCCGGCUCCACUUACCUAAUCAUCCAGCUCAACACCAAUUCUAUCCUGGGAGAUGGACCCAUUAUUAGGAAGGAGAUUGAGUACCGUGCCAGCCAGUCUCCAUGGUCCGAGGUGCAUGGAGUCAACAUGGUCACCUACAAGCUGUGGCACCUAGAUCCGGACACAGAGUACCACAUCAGUGUGCUGUUGACCCGGCCUGGAGAUGGAGGCACAGGCCCCCCUGGACCUCCACUAGUGAGCAGGACCAAGUGUGCAGAGCCAAUGCGUGCACUGCGGGGUCUCACGGCCACAGACAUCCAGCCCAGGCAGUUGUCCCUGCUGUGGGAGAACUUGGCGUUCAACGUGACACGCUGCCACACCUACUCAGUGUCCCUGUGCUACCGCUACACCAUGGCGGGCGGCGGCGGCGGCCACAACACGACCGUGCGGGAAUGCCUAGCUGUGGAGCAAAACAGCUCACGCUUCACGCUGCGUGAUCUGCCGCCCUACCACGGCAUCCAUGUCCGUCUGUCACUGGUCAACCCUGAGGGCAAGAAAGAGGGCAGAGAGGUCACCUUCCAGACUGAAGAAGACAUCCCAGGAGGCAUAGCACCAGAGUCACUCACCUUCACCCCGCUGGAUGACAUGAUCUUUCUCAAGUGGGAGGAGCCUCUGGAGCCCAAUGGCCUUAUCACCCAGUAUGAGAUCAGUUAUCAGAGCAUUGAGUCUUCAGAUCCUGGCAUCAACGUCCCGGGACCCAGAAGAACCGUUUCCAAGCUAAAGAAUGAGACCUACCACAUGUUCUCCAAUCUCCAUCCUGGAACUACGUACCUGAUCUCCGUGCGAGCCCGGACAGGGAAAGGCUUUGGCCAGACUGCCCUAACUGAAAUCACCACCAACAUCUCAGCGCCAACAUUCGAUUAUGGAGACAUGCCAUCCCCCUUGAGUGAGACUGAAAGCACAAUCACUGUGCUGCUGCGCCCCGCCCAGGGUAGAGGAGCACCUGUCAGCACAUACCAGGUGGUGAUAGAGGAGGAGACAGGGAAAAAAGUAAAAAGGGAGAUUGGGCUUCAAGAGUGUUUCCCACUCCCGAUGUCCCACGGCGAGGCCUUGGCCAGGGGCACCCCACACUACUACACUGCUGAGCUGCCACCCAGCAGCCUGCCAGAGGCCAGUCCUUUCACUGUGGGUGACAAUCAUACUUACAACGGCUACUGGAACACCCCGUUGGACCCUCGUAAAAGCUACCUCGUCUACUUCCAGGCUAUGAGCAAUUUCAGAGGGGAAUCCAGAAUAAACUGCAUCCGCAUUGCCCGCAAAGCCGCUUGCAAAGAUCACCGCAAGGCUUUGGAGGUGUCGCAACACUCGGAGGAGAUGGGGCUGAUUCUCGGGGUGUGUGCCGGUGGCUUGGUGGUGCUCAUUCUACUGCUGGGUGCUGUCAUCAUUAUCAUAAAGAAAGGAAGGAACUACUACUCUUAUUAUCCGAAACCUGUGAACAUGAAUAAGACACCCAUUACGUACCGUCAGGAGAAAAGCCACAUGGGCUCCAUGGAGCGCAGUUUUACCGACCAGAGCACCCUCCAAGAAGAUGAGAGGAUGGCCCUUUCCUUCAUGGAUGCGCACACCUGCGGCACACGCAGUGAUCCUCGUAGUUCGGUAAACGAAGCCAGCAGCCUGUUGGGAGGCUCCCCGAGGCACCCGUGUGGACGCAAAGGCUCCCCCUACCACACGGGGCAGCUCCACCCCGCCGUCCGAGUGGCCGACCUGCUCCAGCACAUCAACCAGAUGAAGACAGCCGAGGGCUACGGCUUCAAACAGGAAUACGAGAGCUUCUUUGAUGGCUGGGACUGCACUACGAAGAAGAAGGACAAAACCAAGGGACGACAUGACACCUUAUUGGGAUAUGAUCGCCACCGAGUCAAGCUCAACCCUCUCCUGGGAGACCCUAAUUCCGACUACAUCAAUGCCAACUACAUCGACAUUCGGAUUAACAGGGAAGGCUACCAUCGAUCCAACCACUUCAUUGCCACUCAGGGACCCAAGCAGGAGACGCUGUAUGAUUUCUGGAGGAUGGUGUGGCAGGAGAAUUGUUUCAGCAUCGUCAUGAUCACCAAACUGGUUGAAGUUGGCAGGGUGAAAUGCUGUAAAUAUUGGCCUGAAGACAGCGAGAUGUACGGGGAUAUUAAAAUCACUCUGCUCAAAACGGAGACGCUUGCUGAAUAUACAGUCCGCACUUUUGCCUUGGAGAGGAGAGGAUACUCAACCAAGCAUGAAGUCCGUCAGUUCCACUUCACAUCCUGGCCUGAGCACGGGGUGCCCUAUCACGCCACUGGACUCUUGGCCUUUAUACGAAGAGUAAAAGCCUCCACGCCUCCUGAUGCCGGCCCUGUGGUGGUCCACUGCAGCGUGGGGGCGGGCCGCACAGGCUGCUACAUUGUGCUGGAUGUCAUGUUGGACAUGGCUGAGUGUGAAGGUGUAGUGGACAUCUACAACUGUGUCAAAACACUCUGCUCCCGGCGUAUCAACAUGAUCCAGACAGAGGAGCAGUAUGUCUUCAUCCAUGAUGCCAUUUUGGAAGCGUGUCUAUGUGGCGAGACAGCCAUUCUGGUGAACGAGUUCUCAGUUGCCUACAGAGAGAUGCUGAGAGUGGAUUCCCAGAGUAAUUCCUCCCAGCUCCGUGAGGAAUUUCAGACGCUAAACUCUGUGACACCCCACCUGGAUGUCGAGGAAUGUAGCAUCGCCCUGUUGCCCAGAAAUCGAGAGAAGAAUCGCAGCAUGGAUGUUCUUCCACCAGAUCGGGCCUUGGCCUUCCUUGUAACAACAGAGGGGGAGAGCAACAACUACAUCAACGCUGCUCUGGCUGACAGCUUCCACCAGCAAGCUGCCUUCAUUGUGACCCCUCACCCUCUGCCCGGCACCACGGCGGACUUCUGGAGGCUUAUCUUCGACUACGGCUGCACGGCUGUGGUAAUGCUCAACCAACUGAAUCAGUCCAACUCGGCCUGGCCGUGUGUUCAGUACUGGCCGGAGCCCGGUCUUCAGCAGUAUGGGCCCAUGGAGGUGGAGUUUCUCUCCAUGUCAGCUGAUGACGAUGUCAUCACACGCCUGUUUCGAGUCAAAAACGUCACGAGGCUGCAAGAGGGCCAGCUGGUGGUGUGUCAGUUCCAGUUCCUGCGCUGGUCGCCAUACCGUGACGUUCCCGACUCCAAGAAGGCCUUCCUCAACCUGCUGGCUCAAGUGCACAAGUGGCAAAGAGAGUGCGGAGAAGGCCGCACCGUGGUCCACUGCCUUAAUGGCGGCGGCCGCAGCGGAUCCUUCUGUGCCUCCAACAUUCUCCUGGAGAUGAUCCAGUACCAGAACAUGGUGGAUAUCUUCUACGCGGUCAAAACAUUACGCAACUGUAAACCCAACAUGGUGGAAUCCCUGGACCAGUAUCGAUUCUGCUAUGACCUCACUUUGGAGUACUUGGACUGCUUUGAGGGGAGAUAGCAACUAGAGGCAGCAUGAGAGUUAAAUCCUCCCGCAGGUUUCUCUGCUUGGACCUUCUACAGAACUACAGUGGAAUAAGAUUGAAAACAACCUGGUUGAAAGUUUGAACCUUUAAUGUACAGCUGUGAUUUCUUCGUGUGGUGAUGGUUUUUUUUUUGUGCUUUUCUUGGUCAUUUUUGCCUAUGUACUAAAGCUAUUGUGUGCCAAGAGUUUCUGUAGCCAAAAAAAAAAGAAAAAAAGUAGAAAACAUUUUAAGCUAUGAGAUUUGACCCAUUUUAUUCUGAAGAAGGGUCAUGAUGGCUGUGAUUUAUUGUUUUAUUCAAAGAAAAAUACUUUUCUUUAUCUGGUCUUGGCAUGACUUAUCUAGCAAACCAUAAACUGCCUUAUUCCCGGACGAUUAGACCCUGAUCCAAAGGACUGGACAGACUAGGCCUGUUCUGCAGACCCAAAUCCUCGAUUUUGCCAAAUGUGUUUUGGAAGUGGACUACAGGUGAUUUUUUUCCUCAGAGAUUCCCGUCUCAUCAGUACUGUCUCAGUGCCAAUCCCGGUGACAGACUUUGGUCCUUCUGCUUCAACUUGAUAUACAGUAUGCCUACAUCCACUAUGUAGUCCCUCCAAAGGGAUUGUACCUUGUACCCAGUAGGAACGGAAAAGCAGAAAAUGUGUUACGGGAGACAACUUUUGGUGUGGUAUGAAAAAAAGAUGCUUUGUUCUUUUAUAACA